AUGGAUCCCUUCGCCCGUCUCCCCGACGACCUGCUGCUCGCGGUUCUCUCGCGCGUGGACAGCGCGGCGCGUAACGUCACCCGGUCCGCGAUGACGUGUCGGCGGUGGAACGACGUGACGCGCAAUGUGCCUGCGCUGUGCCUGGAAUCGAGUGGCGGUGGCGUGGCAGCUAACCAGGCGCCGUACUUGACGUUUGAGUGCCAGGCCUCGCGAAUGAUCCUCCGCACGCAAGCCCUGCGCCAGCUCACCAUCGUCUCGCCUCCCGCACCGCCUUCAAACCACGGAGGGCCGUCUUACCCCAGCCAGACGGCGUCAAGCGGAUGUCACGGUCCUAUGAUGACUCCCAGUGGACGUUCCGCUCCUCCAAGCCGCGGACCUUCCACUUUCUGCAGACGUCCCUCUUACUCCACCGAGUCGGCGGAACUCCCCUCCUCCGCAAAUUGCGCCUGCUGCAGCCAGCAUUAUUGCGCCAGCCAGGCUUCUGCGCCAUUUGGGGGAGUCCCCCCGCCCCGCCAUCCGCGGGAGUUCAUUUUUGAAGCGUGGAUGCGCCACGUCGGGCCGUCUCUGCACUCUCUCACCCUCUCACGCGCACUUCCUGCCACGAAUUCCGCGAAGCGCCCUUGCGGCAACGGCACCAGCGGCGGCGGCGGCGGCGGCGGGAGCGUGGUGGUGAACCUGUGGGAGGAGGAGGACGCAAGUCUGCAUCUCGCGCACAUUUCUCGCCACUGCACCAACCUGCAUUCGCUCUCAUUGGGCCACGUGUCUCUCUCCGCUCCUACCCUGCUCGCCACUCUCCAGCCCAUGCCGGCCCUACAGCACCUCUCGCUCUCGUGGCUCCACGCGUCUCCCGCCGCCCUUCACGCCGUGCUUGACGCCGCGCCGAACCUCCGUCACCUCACGAUAUUCAUGGCGUCGGGUUUCCCGUACCUGAAACUACGCGUUCCUCCGUCCCUCCAGCACCUCUCGCUCUCCUACAUCCGCGCGGAAUCCGUCUUGCUUCACUCCGCGCGCUCCCUACAAUUUCUCUCUGUCCGCGACAUGUUUCUCAGCGCGCUCUGCAUCCACGAUGCGCCCAACCUGCGCCAACUCGCCGUCGCUUCCGCCAACCGCCUGCUCGUCUCCGCGCCUCGCUCCAGCCGGCUCGCGUCGAUCGACCUCCGCGCGGGCUCGCUCAACUGGCCCGCCACCGAAACCCUAAUUUCAGCCAAUUCGGCUGCGCUCGAGUCGCUCUCCCUCGAUUUUUUUGCCACCAGCUCGGGCCUGCCCUCGGUUUCGUCGCUGCCCUGGCUUGCACGGAACUGCCCGGGGUUGAAAAGUUUGAGAUUGGAGGGGGAGGAGGAGGAGGAGGACGAGGAAGAGGAAGAGGACAUGGAUGACAUGGAGUAUGAUGGAGAUUGUGAUGCUACUUGCAUCGAUGAGCAUGGGGAGGAAGAUGAGGAGGGACACGACAUUGAUGGGGAGACCAACUACUUCCCACACUCAUCUGCUCCACUUUCUGCCCCGCCUGCCUUGUUUCAUCUAACUGAGCCCAACACUGCACUGGCCAGAUUCACUCAGCCUGUGGAUUACCGCUUUGCACUGACAGCAGCAGAGAGACAGCACCAGCUGUUUUUGAAGGGCCUGGACUUCCUCCAUAGGCGGUUUGGAUGCUUCCAUGUAGCAUCCCCUAUGCUGUACAGGAGGAAAACUGUCUGA